UAAUACUUGUUUUUACGAAAGUAACACUCCUAACGRCUCCUAACGCGGGUUUUUACAUGYUUUUGGUACUGARAGUACUUAUGUGAAUCGAGUYGGCACUCGCGGGAAAAAAAUGAGAGAAAGAAAAUGAGCUAAAAGUGCGUGAAAAAAGGAGAGAAAGAAAAUAAGCWAAAAGUGCGUUACUAGUAUGUGGGAUUCCUGUGGAAAUGGAUCCGCUGACCCGAACGCUCGAACACACGAUUUUUUUGGCGGGAACGAGUCAAAAUGGCAGACAUACAAAUGGCAGCGGCAGAAGACUUUCUUGCCUCGUAUAAAACCGAUGCAAACAGUGCAGUUUGCUUCAAAUUAGUGACUGCAGAAAAUGAUAUAUUUGACAAGGGUAAAGAGUUUCAUCCUGAGUUUUCACAUCAGCUCUUUGGUGACAGUGAAUCUAUAUUUGGUUAUAAAGGAUUGCAAGUUCAGGUAUGUUUCAUAUGUAGUGGCGUGUAUAAUUAGAAUGCAUGCAUAUAAUAUGUACAACAAUAAGAUUGGAUUCUACUCUCAUGAGGCAGCAGAGAGCU